AUCACCGUCACAUUUUCAUCCAACCUGGAGAUCACAUUUUGCACGUCCACCUGUCAAUUGACCAACUAAGCUAUCCCAACUACUCCGAUAAAACGUAUGACUCCAACAUGUUGUAUUUGAUUUUGAUAAGAGAAUACAAUUAAACCAGAACCUGAAACCAAGUGAUAAGCAACACCACAGAACAGAAUACCGUCUUAUGCGAAAUGUUAGAAAUAAAGAAAUGUUCCUAAUGUAUUUAUUUUAUGUUUUCAUGUAAGCUUGACUUGCAGGAAGGGCCCAUUGAGAUAAUACUAAAAGGGCGGUCAACAUUUAAAUAUACCACACAAAAGCAACAAAAAAAACGACUGAUUUUGGCUCUUUUCCCCUCACAUGCCAAGGUAGAACACGUUUAGGUGGUGUGGAUGUGGUGGUCAGACUGGUGAGAUGACCAGGAUGAAGGCAGGGCAGGUUUGCUCAGGAUCAGUUCCCUGAUAAGGACUAUUGAGUCGUCGACCUGUACCUGUGUCUACACCCCAGCACACCUGUCCUUCACUACCUGGUGGCCACAUCGUUCUAGCUCCGCGGAGACAAUGGAGAACCCACACACACGGCUUGGUCUGUCGCUGCUGCUUGCCUUCCUGACAGGAGCAGUUGCGACCAGGGGUGGGGAGGUUUCUGAUUGGGCUGAAGGUGUUGGUUCCCACGCUCCCUCGAAGCUGACCGUCUUUGGACCAGACUUUGUGACUGUGGGCGUGCCGUGCAGCUACGUGUGCUUAGCCGAGUGCUCCGCCCCCUGUACCUUCACCCUGGGUGUGGACGGAGAGAGCAGCCCAGGAAACGAGCUCUCCUUCACCGUGCGCCAGUGGGUGGAGUCCAUGACCGUCGAGUGCACAGCGAGGAACAAUGUGUCGAUGGAGGCCUCAGUGACCACAAAGAGGGUUCAGGUCUUAGCUGGACCCGCCAACGUCUCCAUUACCGGCCCAGAGCUGGUGGUUCCAGGAGGCAAACAACGCUUCUUGUGUCACGCUAGUUGCCGUCCCUCGUGCAACUUCACCUGGAGAUUUGGGUCCCGGUGGCUUGGGGGACAUGGGAAUGAGAUUUCCAUUACCGCCCAAAAGCUGGCAGAGAAGAGGAUCCUGACCUGCAAGGCCAUCAACAGUGUGUCUGGCCUAUACGCCAUGGCAAGCAUGAGCAAAAACGUUGCAUAUGGUCCCUCAGAUGUCACCAUCGAGGGACCGGAUUAUGUAAGGCUCGGGAAAGAGGCCACCUUCUGGUGCUAUGCUGAGUGCAGCCCAAGCUGUGCCUACCUGUGGUUGGUAGACGGACAUACCAUGGAGGGACAAAAGUUGUCAUAUAUGGCCAUCACUAUAUCAGAUAUGACCAAGUCAGACAAGAUCCUGUGCGAGGCACAAAACAUUGUCUCCGGAAAGGGAAAGUUAGCAACCAAGACUGUAUCGUUGGAAGGAUCCCAUGGUAAGUCCAUGGCCCCACAAGCAGAGCUGACUUUAGGAUUGCUGCUGUUUGCAUUAACUCUUGUCAGUGUAAUACUCCUUUAGCCCAGUAAAAGGCAGCAUUGCACCAAGAGAACUAAGCCCUGAAGUUUCCAGCAUAAUUAUUUUCAAAGUCUACCUGUUUAAUAUUACAACAAUUGACUGCUGUAAUUCCAAAAUAUAGCUACCGUGAGUCUGAUAGCAAAACAACUGUUGCUAAACUUCAAUAAAGAA